UCUCUAGCAAAGGAACUCCCACGAACUGAGUUUUUGCGGCUGCCUCUUUUCUCGGUUGGCGGUGGCGGCCACAGUGGCCGCCGCCCCUCCAGCCGGCCAUCUUGGAGCCGAACCCCGCCGCUGCCCAAGGACGAUGAGUCUCCGGACGGACACUUGACCUUCGCCCGGCCCAGCUGCUGAGCCCCGCGCGCCGCCGCUCCGAGGAUGAGCCCCGCAAGCUCGGCGCUGCAGCUGCUGCUGCUCUUCCCACUGGUGCUGAACACGCUGGGCAUGGAGCUGAUGGCCCCAACCACCCUCUAUGCACUGAACGGCUCUUCCAUCCGCCUCAGCUGCACUUUCCAUUCCUGCUACCAGGUAGACAAAAAGCAAUUCUCCCUGAACUGGACCUACCAAACCUGCCAGAACUGCACCGAAGAGAUGUUCUUGCAGUUUAAGCUGAAAGUGGUUCCUGUGGAGCUGAACCGUUUUGAGGAUCGCGUGGAGUUUACAGGGAACCCCAGCAAGAACGACAUGUCCUUCACCCUCCACAACGUGCAGCUGGAGGAUGCAGGGCUGUACAACUGCUACGUGAUGAACCCGCCUGACCGACAAAAGGGCCACGGCCAGAUCAGCCUCCAAGUUCUCACAGAAGAACCCCCAGAGCGGGACUCCACAGUGGCUGUGAUUGUGGGGGCCACUGUGGGGGGCUUCCUGGCUGUGGUGAUCCUGGCCUUGGUCAUUGUGAAGUGUGUCCGGCGCAAGAAGCAGCAGAGGCUCAACACGGAUGACCAGAAGACCGAAGAAGAGGGCAAAACCGAUGGGGAGGGGAACCCGGAGGAAGGCAUGAAGUAGGGAGGGUCUCCUCCAGGCUGGCCUUCCUGCUCUUCCUUGUCCCUGCCCUCCCCUCCCCUGGACUUUCUCUGAAGCAAAGAGUUCCACCCAAACUGUCAGAAAGGCUGGGCUGCUUCCCCUGUCCCUCUUCAUCCCUGGGGCUCUUGGGCCAGAGCGCAGCAGGGGGGAGGGGGGCUGCCGGCACUGGGUUUUUAUGUGUGUGUGUGUGUAGGAAUUUGUGGAACUGAAGUUGAAAGCCUCCUGGGGUAAGCCUGCAUUCCUGUCCCAGACAGGCAGUUCCUCCAUUUGGACAGAGGGAGCCCUGUUGUGUGUCCCUGGCAAGAAGGCCAAGCCCCUCCCCCACCCCUGCUGCUGCUGCUGCUGCUGCCAAAUCUUGGGGAGGUGAAAGCCUGUUUCCUUUGCUCGUGGAGCCCAGGGGUCCCUACUGGAAGAGGCCCCGAGAGGAGCCAGGUGGCUUGGGAGCCGGUGAGGGUCCCCCUGUGCAUCUCACAGCCAAGCAGGAUUUCCUCUCCAAAGCAGAAACUGCCAUUUCUCACCCUCCACCUUGAACACCAAGCACAAUUCGCCACUGCCAGGAGAAAUCACUGCCGGGGUCAGCAGCCGUCUCUCUUGCAGGCCAGCACUGAGCUCCCCCCCCCCAUCUUGGAAACCCAUGGCUGGACUGUUUGGAAGGAAUGCUGUUGACCCUCGCCCCUCUCUCUCGUGAAAACAACGGAAGGUUUUCUGCCUGGCAUAAGCAGGAGGUGUGUGCAUGGGCAGAUGUGUGAGGGGAGCAGGAGAAGGAAGGAAAGGAAAGGAAAGGAAAGGAAAGGAAAGGAAAGGGAAGGGAAGGGAAGGAAGGAAGGAAGGAAGGAAGGAAGGAAGGAAGGAAGGAAGGUAGGUAGGUAGGUUGUCUGUUUGGGAUUUAGUGGAAGAGUUUUCCAUCCAGACUCACUGCAGCCAAUUGGUAUUUACUUUCCCUGUUCACACAUCUUGUCUGCUAGUUAGAACCCCAAAGCAAGAAGGGCCCUGGGGGCCUCCGUUCCCCCCACCAUGACCCCUGCCGGGGCUCUCCCGGCAGCC